AUGGCAAGAUUACUGAUUGGGAAAGAUGCUGAAAAAGAAUUUAAGAAUAUACCAUUUAAUACAAUCUCUAUGCGAAUUCAUGAGAUGUCAAAAGAUUUGCUAGAACAGCUAAUUUUUCGUAUUCACCACAGUCAAUUUCCAAUAAGCAUCCAGUUGGAUGAAUCUACCGAUAUCAAUUCAAUGUGCCACUUAGUCGCAUUUGUUCGAUUUGUUGAAGACGAUUCUGUCGUGGACGAGUUUUUAUUUUGUUUGGAAACGACAGGAAGAACACGAGGAAUUGAUAUAUUUCAUCCCUUUUCGUCUUUCCUUGUUUCCAAUAAUAUUCCCUGGACUAAAGUUGGGCCGAUAUGCACUGAUGGAGCACCUGCCAUGCUCGGACAUCGAUCUGGUUGUAUUGCACUGGUUAAGGAUGUCGCAUCUCAUAUUAUCGCAACCCAUUGUGCAAUACAUAAGUAUGCUCUUGCUGUAAAGACGAUGCCUCAAGAAUUGAAAAUUGUUCUUGAUUCGACCGUCAUUUGA